AUGCGAAGGCUGCCAACGCUCUGGUUCCAGGCGCGUGUACGUGCUGCGGCGCCCGCCCGGGGACACCAUGAUCGGCGGGCAGUCCCCGGAGUACAAGUGGGCGAGCACGUGGUGGCGGCCUUCGGCUGGCGCUCGCACACCGUCUUCGACGCCAAGAAGGUGCACGAGGGCGCGGCGAUGCCCGUGUACAAGCUGCCGGACAUCGGGAAGCUGUCGCCGGUCGCUCGGCCUGGGGGUGCUGGGCAUGCCCGGCAACACGGCCUACUUCGGCUUCCUGGAGCUCUGCAAGCCCAAGGAGGGAGACACGAGAUACGGAAUAUUAUUAUUAUUAUUAUUAUUAUUAUUAUUAUUAUUAUUAUUAUUAUUAUUAUUAUUAUUAUUAUAUAUUAUUAA